AUGGCGCCAACAACCCUCCCCCUCCUCCUCACCUUCCUAACCAGCAUCUUCACCCUCACCACCGCCCUCCCACGCAUCACCGUCACCCUCGCCGUCGAACUCUCCCCCACCCACAACACCACCACUACCACCACCACCACCACCACCACCACCACCAACAUCACCGCCCUCGCCAUCACCCUCAACCUAACCCACCCCCACCCCAUCCCCUCCCACACCCCCCUCCUCCAACUCGACCUCAACCACGGCCUGACCCCAACCCAGCAAUACUCCGACUCCGCCCUCGCCGCCUCCGACACCCUUGGCCCCCUCAUUCUCACCCACACCGACACCAACGCCAGCGACGCCCGGCGCACCUGGACCGCGCACCGCGACACCCAGGGUCCCGUGGUCGUGCGUUUCCGUGCCGUGCCGAGAGUUGUGUGGGUGUUGCCGGAGGGGAUUCCGGCGGGGGUGAGGGGGGUGAGUUCGUUGGGGGAUGGGGUGAGGGAGGUGGCGGUGGGGCGGCCGGAGAGGGUUUUGGCGAAGAGCUAUUUUGCGGUGGGGGAGUUGAAGAGGUGGCCGGGUUGGGAUGUGGAGUUGGGGGAGGGGGAAAGGCCGUUUUAUGUGUAUUGGAUCGGGGAGCUGCCGUAUGACAGUGAGCGUGUGUCGGGGAUUGCGAAGGAAAUGCAUGGUGCGAUCUCAUCGUUCUUUGGGGAUGAUACGUCGCCGUUUCGUGCCAUCCACGAGUAUGCGCUGAUGUCGCCAGUGCGGCAGUACGACCUGUGGUACCGUGAGGGCGUGGCGCAGUUCUACGCUAUCGUGGCCCCGUUCGCCGCGGGCGCUGUCGAUAGGAGCUACUUCGUUCAGUGGCUCAAUAACAACGCCCAGUCCUACUACACUGGUGGGAUGGCGGGUAAGACGUGGCAGUCCGUCAUCGACAACUACUGGACCAGUGUUCCGAACGUCAAGGCCCCGUACGGCGUCGGCUUCGCCUACCUCGCCCAGGUCCAGGGGCUUAUCGCGCAGGCGACCAACGGCACAAAGGACGUCGACGACCUAGUGCUGGAGCUCUACCGGCGGUUCACGGCGCACGAACAGGUGCAGACCGACGAGUUCCUCGAGGUGCUGAGCGGUCUCGUCGGCACCGAGGCCGCUGAGGCAAGCCUCUCCGCCAUGCUAAAUGGGACGCUCGUCGUGCCGCCCACCGACUGCUUCGCCAAGUUUGGGUUGAGGAUGGUGAGAAAGGACGGGGAGCUGUUUGACAUCGGCUUUGUUUCCGCGCAGCAAAAGAUCGUCCGAUUCACCUCGAAUAGCACCAGAGCUGAGGAAGCUGGCUUGCGCGUCGGGGAUGAGAUCGUGCGUAUGUGGGGCGCUUGGGGUGUCAGUGACUCUCUCGACAACAUGAUGCGGGUCGUUGCUCAGCGUGAUGGGCGCGAGUUCACCGUGGAGUACUGGCCGAGAAGUUAUGAAAAGGUAGAGAACUGGGUGUGGGAGGACGAUGGCUCUGUCACGGCCCAUUCCUGA